UCGCGGCAAAAACGGCACCGGCCUAAUGAAGAUUUGUCCGUCUUCGGAGCUCCGUCUAUCCUUUGGAGAUUUUGUUUCGUUAGUGAAGACCCAUUGUAAUGGCCAGUAUAACUGCUGAAAUGUUAGUCCACAAACAACUGCAAGAUGUUCUUCUGACCCAAAGACAAGUGUUGCAAUCGUGGAAAGAACAACAGAUGCGGAUUGAUCAGGAUACAGUAUCCAAACUGGAAUAUGAUGAGCUUGUUGAACAACUUAAGGAGGAAAGACGGCAACACGAGGAGACAAAGGCCAGGCUAGCCAGCGAGAGUGACAAGUUGCAGUUUGCCUUGGGGGAGAUUGAAGUCUUGAGUACACAACUGGAGCGAGAGAAGGCCAACUUUGAGCAGUCGUUUGGUCAGUUGAAAGAAAAGUCGGUAAAAGACAAUGCAAAAGCAAGCCAGCUCAAAACAAGAUUUUCAGCCAUUGAAACUGAAAAACAGAAGCAAGAUGACUUGCUGAGUCUGAAAGAGUCCAAGAUAAGAGACUUGAAGCAGAGACUAGCCAAACAGAAAGACAAUCAUAGACAACAGGUGCAGGAGUUGAAUGUGCAGUUACAGCAAGAGGCUUACAUCGUACGCACUUUGUCUGCCAAGGGCAGUUACCGCAGAGGCUAUAGUCAAUCAGGAAAAUGAAGGUACUAACACAAAACUCCAUGACACCUCAACUUCUCUCGACGUUUCCUCGUUCUUCACAGUGAGAUACACAGUGUUGCUGCAUCAAAUAGGGAGAAUAGUAUGUCAGUGGUUUGUAGAGGGAAGUACAUGUAUGCUUGUGCAGUGGCUUUUAUACUCUCUGUAUCUCAGAUAUGAUGUCGCUGAUCGGGUUUUGAGGAAAAAAAAUAGACGUUUUGAAAAUUUCGACAGUUCAUACUGAAAUAUGUUUACAGGUACUAUGCAUACAAAUGUUCUUAAUUGCACAAAAUCUUACCACUUUGGCAUUCUUUCCUUGUUCUCCCAAAAAUGAUGCCGUCCAAAAUCAGGAUUGGCCACUUCAGUUCUGCACUCUGCCAUUAACGAAAUUCAGUAUCUGAAUUUCUGACGUCAACAAAAAACUCUAUUCUGUAGUGUACACAUAUGUACAUAAAAUGAUUUGGAAUGUGCAAUUAUUUUGUACAAUUAGAAGGUUGAAGGUUUUCGCUUCCUUUUUUUGACAUUUGAAGUGUGUCUGAAGUCUGUAUUACUCUGGGUGUCUCAAGUAUUUUUGUUAGCAUUUGGUGUGUUGUAAAAGUAGGCAUUUUAGAAAGAAAUUUUAUACGCAGGACUGUUGAGUGGAAAUCAAAAGAUGAAUUUAAGGUCAAAACAGCAAGAACGUUUAUUUAUCUAACUUCAGUGAAAUAAAUUCAAACUUGGAUUGAAAAAACAAAAACAUUCAAUAUUUAUAAUUGAAGCUGGAUUUUUAUAGUAAUAUACAUGUACCACACAGUGAAGAAAAACCAAAAUUAUUUAGAAGCUGUCAAACUUUAUGUAAUAAAGAUUUCAUCUUCACAAUUCUUGGGUUAAACCAGUCUUUGAUAAAUAUACAGCUUCUUUGGCAUAUUCAUAUAUAUAUAAUUUAUUUAAAGCUCAAAGAGUUGCUUUGAAUGCCGUAUUUAUCAAUGUACAUAGCUCUAACUCAAGAUGUGAAUCAGGGGUGCACAUGUACAUGUAUAUAAGCCAAAGACCCGCUACAGGUGUCUCCAUGUCUACAAUGACAUAAAACAUCAAUUUCAAUCCAAAAAUAAAAUUCUAAAGUAAAAACA